CUCCUCUUGCUGCGCCCUUUCGCAUCCGUCAGCAUGGCCGCCGAGGCGUCGCCACCGCCGCCGCUCUCGCCGUCGUCCGUUGCGACGCAGGCGAUCCGCGCCUUUCUCGCCGACGAUGCCGCGGCGCCGCUGCCGCCGCAGCUGCGUGCACAGCUCGAGGCGCGCCGCCUCUCGCUGCUGCAGCUCAUCCGCAUGCUCGGCGACGCCCUCACCGACGACGACGAGGCGCGCCGCGGCCGCGCAUUGCGUCUCCUCGCGCUCGUCGUCACGGAGCUCGCACCGGCGCAGUCCGCCCCCGCCGAGGGCAGUGCCGGCGGCAGCGCCGGCGUGCCGCAGCUCUUCGAGCGGCAGGCCAGUCUGACGCUCGCCGGCUUCUUCGCCGGCAAGCUCGAGGACGCCGUGCUCAUUGCCGACUCGCUCGCGCGCGCCCACAACGCCGCUGCGCCGCCCGUCGCCGGCAGUGCGCCCAGCUUCCGCCACCGCCGCAUCCCCGUCGGUGCCGAGCCGCUGGCGGCGACGCUCGAGGCGCUGGCCCGGCUGGCGGCGCUCGAUGUGUUCGGCGCAGAGGCGGCGAAGGACGUGGCCGAGAGCCUCUUUGCCCAUGUCACGCCCUCGCUGUAUCCACAGGCAAUGCGCUACCUCAUCUACCGCCUCGUCGACGUGCUCGUGGCGCGGCAUCGCAACUCGCUCAAGGCCAGCCUGGGCGAGACGUUUCUGCGCGGCUAUCUCAAGCUCGUCGAGGGCGAAAAGGACCCGCGCAACCUGCUCUACUGCUUCGCCACUGACUGGGUGCUGCUGCGCGAGUUUGAGAUGAGCCGGGAGCUCGGCGAGGCCUUCUUCGACGCCACGUACUGCUACUUCCCCAUCACGUUCCGGCCGCCGCCAGACGAUCCGUACGGCAUCUCCACCGAGCAGCUGACCCUGGCGCUGCGCCGCUGCCUGGUCGCCUCGCCCGUGCUGGCGCCACACGCCAUGCCGCUGCUGCUCGAGAAGCUGGCGGCGGCAGGCGGCAACGCCAAGCUCGAGACGCUUGCCGUGCUCGAGGAGGCACUGCCGGUGUUCGGCCGCGAGGCUGCCCUGGCCAACGAGAGUCGCUUGUGGGAGGGCCUGAAGAUCGAGAUCAUGCACGCCACAGACGACGCAACCUCUCUGGCGUCGCAGCGAACGCUCGUCUCCUUCAUGCGCGUGUUGUAUCUCGGCGUCGAGCCACCAGAGGGCCUGGCGCCGCGGAUAGUGGCAGACUGUCUCGACGUGCUGGAGGAGCCAGCCAAGGUGCUCGCGCCGCAUGCCGCGACCAUCCUGGCCUGCCUCGUGCGCGCGGCGCCCAGUACCGCCUACCUGGCGCUGUACGGCAUGCUGGAGCAGAUGCUCACCUACUGGAAGAAUGCCGACGACGUGAGCGUGCGUGCGCCCAUCCUGGAGCACAUCGGCACGCUCCUGCGCGCGCUGCGCGAUGCGUACGAGGGCCGCGAGACGUGGGGCGCUGCGGCUCCAUCUCAGCCUGCCGCCAAGGCCGUCGGCUUCGGCACUGCUUCUUCGAGCACAAGCGCCGUCACGCCCACGCCUGUAUCGGCAGAAGGCAGCACGGCGGCGCCCAAGGCCUCCCCAGCGCCGGCGCGCAGCUACGAGAUUGACUCGCGGCCGCUCGAGCCGUUUCGUGAUGACCUCGUCGGCGCUCUUGCAAACGGCCUGCGCUCGACGCAGUACCGCCUGCCGGCACUGCACGCCUUCCUGGCCCUCGCGCGAAUUCCUGGCUUCCUCGAGGCGCGCGAGAUCGACUACCUCACCGAGGGCGUCAACGAGCUGCUGCUUGCGGCGCACGGCGACGAGGUGCGAGGUCCGGCACUGGACGGCCUGCGCGAGCUCUCGCUGCGCCACUCGCACAUCCUCGAGGCGACGACGCUUCCGCUGCUCUUCGCAGCACUGCCCGACCGCAUGAGCAGCAGUGGCGACGCAGCGCUACAAGAGGCCGAGCGCAGCCGCCUGCGUCGUGCACUCAGUGCACUGGCACGUCUCUGUGCGCAGCCGAACCUCUUCGACACGCUCGUGGUGCGCGUUGUCACCAAGCUGGAUCUCGCCUGCGCGGCAGACUACUCGGCGCCGGCCGAGCGUGAAGCAAACGUUGGCUACGUGCGUGGCUUGCUCGUCACGCUGCAGACACUGCUGGAGGACAAGGCCUCGGAGCGACACACCGACCUGCCGCGCUAUGCCGUCUCGCUGCCGCCGCGACUCCUCUCUCUCGUCUUCGCCGCCGCUGUGCGCAGCAGUGCCGGCGCUGCGGCUGUGCCGGUGGCCGCUGAUCCGCGCGUCGUGGCAGACGUGGGCAGCGCCGUGACGACGCUGGUACGCAUGCUCGAGCCCGCAAAGCAGCAGUCGCUUGUCGCUUGGCUCUAUCCUCUUAUCGAGGCCGGCCAGCAAGGGCCGCUCUCUCUUGGCCCGGGCCUCGCCUCCAGCGAGGUGCGCUUCCUGCCACUGGCUACCGAUGCUCAGCCGGCGCACCGCGCUGCGCUGCCCGCCUUUCUGGCGGCCUACGUGGCGCUGCACAAGUCAGUGCCGCCGCCGCGCGGCGGCGAUGCUGUGCAGUGGGCGCGCGAGCUGCUGCCUUGGACGCUGGCGGCCGCGAGCCGGGCGGAAGAGACCGCUGGCUGUGCGGCUCUGGCCGCUGUCUUCAACAAGUCGAUCGCCGAGCCGUUGCAGCCCGAGGCUGCGGCACUGCUCGACGACUUUUGGCAUUCGUGCAUCGAGCAGGCCUCGGCUGAUCCCCAGCGGCGUCGCAUUGCUCUGCGCAUCUGGUGCUGGAUCGCAAAGGCUUUGAUGACGCGCACCAGCGCGGCUGCCGAGGGCAUGCUUCUGCGCAUCCUCUCGCUCUUCGACACGCCCGACCUGGCGCGCGACGCCGCCCGCGGCCUUGGUCUGAUCGCUCGCACCGACGAUGGGGUUCUGUCCAAAGAGAAUGGCGCGGUGGUGCGGCUGCUGCACCGGCAGCGCUUUUACUCCUUCGUCCUGCCCAAGAUCAUCGCCGGCUACCGCGAGGCGCAGCCCGCUCCUGGGGCACCGGCUGCGGCCGUGCAGGGCGUCUACCUCAUCGCACUCGCCGCGCUGCUGCCGAGCAUGCCACGACAGACGACGCGCGAACGGCUCAGCGAUCUCUUCCCUCUGCUUCUGCGUGCCCUCGACCUGCCCGACGCCGGCGCACGCGCCAGUGCCGCUCAGACCGUGGCGCUGGCGGCGGCUGUGGGCAAGAAGGAGCGCAGCGACGCCAUCCUCGCCGGCAGCGUGCCUGAGGGCGCGCCAAAGCGCGAGAACAUGCCGCUCGACCUGGUCGAGAGCCACGUGAGCACGCUCAUCGAGCGGCUCCUCUCGGUUGCCACGCCUUCAGAGCACAGUCCGGCGGACACUCGCAUCGCAGCGCUGCGAUGCCUCGCGUCCCUCGCGCGCUCCGUCACGUACGCGGUGCUGCACCCGCACCGCGUGCGCGUUCAGCGCGGCCUCGCCGCUCCAGGCGUCGGCAUCGAUGAUCCGCGCCGAGCCGUGCGCCUCGAGGCCGUCGAGGCGCGCGACGCCUGGCUGACGCUCAAGUCCGACGACGACGCAAAAUAGACUGGACCCGCUAAUGCACCAACAACUAGAGCACCUCACGCUGCGCUCGGGGCUGCCGAGUGUGGGCGGAAGCGUGCAUUGUGACGUUGAGAGCGUGGCAUGCAGAGAAAGAGAGUACAGGAUGAGAGACUGCGCGGCGGGUGGGAGCGACGAUCGUG